AUUAACAUAAUACGCAAACAAGCAUUCAUCGGAAGAUUAUGUACAAUAGCUAUAAUAAUGUUCGGGUGUGGAGCAAUGUUCUCCUUCUUUUUUCUACAAUAUAUUUCAAUGUUACUCGAUAUUGUAAUACCUAUAAACGAAUCUCGUCCGCGUGAACUUGUAUUUCCGGCAGAAUAUUUUAUCGAUGAACAAAAAUAUUUUCCUAUCGUAACAAUACAUGCAGGAAUUGGAUUUUUCGUUAUAGUAAUGAGUAUAAUAGCUACCAAAUCAUUUUCACUUGCAAACGCAUUGCAUGCCUUCGGACUAUUUGAAGUCGCUAGUUAUCGCAUGAAACAUAUAUUAAGGAAAACAGAUUCGCAGAUGUGUAUAACUAAACAAUAUAUUAUACUUCGACACAGAAUAAUCGCUGCAGUGGAUUUCCAUAGAAGAGCAAUUGAAUAUUCUGAAUUGUUGAAAGCAAGUUUUGGACGAACGUACUUGGUUCUUUUUGUGGUAAUGGUGUGCUCAACAAGCAUCAAUUUAUUUAACUUCUCUCGGACAAUAUCAUCAGAAAAAAUAUUGGAUAUGAUUAAAUGUAUCUUUUCUAUAAUCGUAUAUGUUAUAUUGAUAACUUUGGGUAAUUAUGCUGGUCAGAAAUUUAUUGAUUAUGAUACACAUUAUUAUCGAACCAUAUGCAAUACGAAAUGGUAUAAUGCUCCGUUAAAGACACAAAAACUAAUAUUGUUCUUGAUACAAAAGACUACAAAAUGCUAUAAAGUCGAUGCCGGUGGUAUGUUUAGUCCCUGUUUCGAAGGAUUAGCCACAAGUUUUAGUAUGACGAUUUCUUAUUUUAUGGUUCUUUCCUCCAUACAAUUAUAA